AUGUCGAACGGAGUCGUUUCGAAGAAUCUGUACGAGCUUCUCGGCAAUACGCACGAUGAAGACUCCGACAGAGAGCCUGAUCCACCCGUGAAGGUUGUUGAUAAAACCCCAGCUCGGACAACCAAGCGCAAUGCUCCUGCAGAGGCACCAGCUUCCAAAGCUCCCGCUGGAUCCGAGAACAGAAAUCCUCGUCGUGGUGGAAUUGGCGGCAAUGAAGGAGCUUUCCGCGACCGCAACGUUGGCCGCUCCAGCAACCAGGGCAAGCCCGUAGGUGAUGAUGCUGCUCGACCAGAUCGACACCCAAGACACGACCGCGCCCAUGGCACAUAUGAGGGCAGAGGAAACCGAGGCCGCGGUGGAGCUCGAGCUGGCUAUGACAGACAUAGCGCCGGACUUGGAAGCAACUCUGAGAAGCAAGCUGCCCACGGAUGGGGUGGUAACGAUGGCGAUGCCGAGCUGAAUGACGAGAAAGCUGGUGAAGCUCUCGCUAAGGCUGACGGAAAGGACGCUCUUGUCAAUGAUGCCGAUGCUGUCGUUGAGCCAGCUGCCGAACCCGAGCCAGAGGACAACAGCAAGUCCUACGCUGAGUACCUUGCUGAGCUUGCCGAGAAGAAGCUUGCUCUUGGUGCCGGUGUCCCCGAGGCCCGCAAGCCAAACGAGGGCAGCAAGGCCGACAAGAAAUGGGCUAAUGCUAAGGCUAUCGCCAAGGAGGAGGAGGAGGACUUCGUCGCCGCAUCCGCUGGAAAGGCCAAGCGUGAGCGUGAGCGCAAGCAGAAGCAGGUCGUUGAUAUUGACCAGCGCUUCGUCGAAGCCCCCGAGCGCGGUGGCAGCCGUGGUGGAUUCCGUGGCGGCCGCGGCCGUGGUGACGGACCAUCCCGUGGUGGCAGAGGCGAUGGCAACUUCAGAGGACGCGGAGAUCGUGGCCGUGGCCGUGGUGAGGGCUCAUUCAGAGGCCGUGGAGGUGCUCCACGAGGCAACUCUGGCGCCGCACCCAUCAACCCUGGGGACACCAGCGCCUUCCCCACCCUUGGAUCAUAA